CAGUUGGGUGCCUACCUUUUAUGAUCAGUAUUUCCACAGUCACAGUGAUGGGUUUUCAUUGAUAGACUGGCAUUUAUAUUUAAGAAGAUUAUUUCAAACAUCUUGGUAAAAAAAAAAAAAAUGCUGGCCACAUCCAGGUCUUUCUGUUUGUCCACACCAGCUGUUUUUUUUUUGCCAAAUAGCCCUUCAGAUUGGGAACAUCAUUAAUUUAAUACAGUGAUUACAAAAAGCGUUUAUAGAGUUACUACUUUAGUUCAACAGACAUUUACUGAGCACCUACUUUGUGCUUCGAACUUACUAGAUACAGGAGAUAAAAAGAUAAAGGAGAAGUUUUUUACUCUGCUGGAGUAGAUAAAAGUGUAAAAAGGUAAUGACGAUGAAAUGUGAUCAGGUCAUUCCUUCACUGAAACAGUAAGUGUCUCAUGAGUGUGACUAUGAACCAGGCAGUUGUUCUAGUUACUAGGGAUAGAAGAGUGAGCAGGACAGUUCACUCCCUUAUGUAGCUUUCAAUCUAGUGGGGAGACAUUAAUUUGGUAAAUGAUCACUUCAAUAUGUAUCCACAAACUAUGAAAGUGCUGGAGGAACAAUUCAUCACUCAUAACCUGGAGCCUGACCUAGACUAGGGAUCGACAAAUGCUUGUCUUGUAAAUACUUGCACGGCACUUAGUAUAUGUCAGGCACUGUUCCGCUUUACUAAUAUUAGCUCAUCUAAUCUGUAUGUUAACUUUAUGAAAUAGUUAUCUUAUUCUCCCUGUCUUACCAAUGAGGAAACUAGGCACAGAAAAAUUAAGUAAUUUGCCUAAUAGUUAGCAAGUGGUAAAGCAGGGUUUGAACCCAGGCAGCCGGGCUUUCCAGCCAGUGCUAUCUGAGGAAGAGAUGAGAUGUUUAAAGAAAAAUCCGCCUCCAUCUUCCACAUGCAUCCAGCCUCUAACCACUUCUCAUCACCUCUGCCUCUCACCAUGCUCAAGGUCACCAUCCCCUUUUGUGUGCAUUAUAGCCCUUACCUUCCUUCUGGUCUUCCUGCUUCCUCCCUUGCCCCCCUGCAGUCUGUAUUUUGCAGCCAGUAGUCCUUUAAAAUGAAAUCAGAUCAUGUCAUUCCUUCAGAACCUUCCAGUGGCUCCCAUGUCACUAGGUAUGAAAGCCAGAGCCUUUUCUGUGUUGGGAGGCCCUACAAGAUCCAGCCCUCCACGCCCUCUGAUCUCCUCUCCUGCUACUCUUGCCCUUUCUCUCUCUGCCCUUCCCACAUGGGCCUGUCACUGUCCCUCCUAGACACCAAGUACACUCACAGCUUAGGGCUUUUGUGUCGUCUUUCUGUUUGGGAAUUCUUUCUCCAGAUAGCCACGUGGCUUGAUCCCUCAGUCUUCAAAUCUCAGUUCAUUCGAGAGGCCCUCCUUGGUCAUCCUUUCUGAGUACGGUGUGAGAAAGUUCAACAUAGAGAACAGCGUAUGCAAAGCACCCGAGGAGGGAGGAGGUUUGUUUGACUUUUUUUUCCAAGUAAUUGAAGGAAGGCCAAUGUGCCAGAGCACAGAUGGCGGCGGGAGACUAGCACAAGGUGAGGUUAGAGACGAGGCAGGAGCCAAAUCACAGAGGACAUGGUAAAUGGUGUUUAGGAUUUUGCUCUUUAGGAGAGAAUGCAGGAUACUGUGGGGGUUGUAGAAGGCUUUUCCGAGGCAGAUGGUAGUUCCGGUGAGAAAGUGGAGAUCAGGACCCUUCAGGUGGAAGACAUUGUGUCAGAAAAGGAACAGAGACCACAUACAAUGCAGGCUAUGCCAGCAUGUAGAAGCAGAGAAUGUUGGUGACGGAAAUAAAGAACGCACCAGGUUUGCCCUCAAGGAGCUGAGAUGGACACGAAUAACUCAUGUGGAGCAGAACGUGUGGACAGUCAUCCUAUGAGAGAAUUUGGUGAUGCAGCCACUUCAGCAGCAAACCCAGAUACCACUACGAUCCACAUCGAGGGUCCUAGUGAGAGCCCGACACACCAACCAGGACUCCCCAGAGGCUCAGGAGGAGAAGAGGACGAUGAGUUGCUAGGAAACGAUGACUCUGACAAAACUGAGUUACUUGCUGGACAGAAGAAAAGCUCCCCCUUCUGGACAUUUGAAUACUAUCAAACAUUCUUUGAUGUAGACACUUACCAGGUCUUUGACAGAAUAAAGGGGUCUCUUUUGCCGAUACCAGGAAAAAACUUUGUGAGACUAUACAUCCGCAGUAAUCCAGACCUUUAUGGCCCCUUUUGGAUAUGUGCCACGCUAGUCUUUGCCAUAGCAAUUAGUGGGAAUCUUUCCAACUUCUUAAUCCAUCUGGGAGAGAAGACAUACCAUUAUGUACCCGAAUUCCGAAAAGUGUCCAUAGCGGCCACCAUCAUCUAUGCCUAUGCCUGGCUGGUUCCUCUCGCACUCUGGGGUUUCCUCAUGUGGAGAAACAGCAAAGUUAUGAACAUCGUUUCCUAUUCGUUUUUGGAGAUCGUGUGUGUCUAUGGAUAUUCGCUCUUCAUUUAUAUCCCCACAGCAGUACUGUGGAUUAUCCCCCAGAAGGCUGUCCGUUGGAUUCUAGUCAUGAUUGCGCUGGGGGUCUCAGGCUCUGUCUUGGCAAUGACAUUUUGGCCAGCUGUUCGUGAGGAUAACAGGCGCAUCGCGUUGGCCACAAUCGGCACGAUUGUGUUGCUUCACACGCUGCUUUCUGUGGGCUGCUUGGCAUACUUUUUUGAUGCGCCAGAGAUGGACCACCUCCCAACAACUACAGUUGCUCCAAACCAAACAGUUGCAACAGCCAAGUAGCUAAAGAGGAAAAUCCUCAGUGUACCAAGGCUGCCGCCAUGCUGAACUUCUUGCCAUUGCCAGAACACGUAUGCCUUUGCACUUGCUGUUCCAGAUGUCUGAAAUGGUCCCUCUCUUCCAACAGUCAUCAUUUACCUCGUGAUCCCAUUAUACCUUGUAAUGUAUAUCACUGUUAAUGGUGCUGGAAACACUAAUUCUUCACUGUUUGUGUGUCCAUCUGCAUAUUCAUUUGUUCAUUCAUUGAUUCAUUUGUCCUCCAUGGACUGGUAUGCCUCUCCAGUUCGACUCAGCAACAUGAGAACAGGAAAUGGGUAUUACCCUGCAUCUUCAUUGCUCACCACAAGACCUGGUGUAUAGGGGGUGCUCAGUAAAUGUUGGUGGAGUGAAUGAAUGAAGCCGUGAUCUCUGCACAUGAUCUCCCUGUGGGCUGAGAACCUUCAGUCUGUUUUGUAAUCAUAGGGUGACCUUCUCUCCCAGAGCAACAGGGUGUGGUGCAAAGACCAGGGCCUUUAGAGUCAAAUGGAGCUAAAAUGAAAUCCUGGUGCCACCACAUACUAGCAGUGUUCCUGGGGCAAGGAACUUACUGUCUCUGAGCCUCAGCCAACAUAACUAUGAAAAAAGAAUGAUACAACCCGUACAAUAAGACUGUAGUGAAGAUUAGAGAUCAUGUCUAUAAAAGCUCCUGGCUCAUAGUUAAGGUGCUCAGUGACAGAAUCAAGCUACUGCUCCUCUGAGAGUGGGUCUGUAUUUUUGUUGAAAUUUGGUGGUUCUCACUGACUUUACCUUGACCCUUUAUUUCCUUUUUGUAAAACCAAAUAGAUUUUCCCUCUUAGUUGAGGAAUUUGGGUUGCAGGCCUUGCAGGUUGACAAGAUGUGGUUGGUCAAAGACACCUCUGGUGGUCUUGUUGGUAAGACAGUUGCUCUGGCCAAUGGAAUGCCUAGGGAACUAUUGUAAAUGCCCCAGCCCACCUUCUCCUCUUCCUCCUUUCACGUGGGGAUGUGAUGAUGUUAGAAUCAAAGGUCAGAGCCCUUGGAGACAGGAUGGGCUUCCCUUCCCCUUUUACCAUAAGGAAGCUGAGGCCAAGAGAAAAGAGUGCCUUGUCCAAGGCCAUCCCAGAGUUUUGUGACAAACUAACAUGUGUAUAUCACAUUCUGUUCUACAAAAUACUAUCUAGAUCACUCUCUCUUUGUCCACUGUUAGCAGCCUUGUUGACCCCAUUGUAUAGUAAGGAAGCUGGACUUAGGAAGUUUGAAUUGACUAAGAUCACCUACCUCUUAAGAGGCAGAGCUGGGACUCAAACCCAGGUAUCCUGGAGCCGUUUCUUGAGGUUUUUCCACUUUACCACUUUUAAGGCUGAUGUUCUUUUUACUGCUAAAAUUUGCAGGCUCCCACUGCUGGCCUUUGGCCUCUUUUUUGGAGCCCUCCUUUGCUGUUCUAUAGAUGCUUCAGUUCAGAGAAUCCAUACUUAUUUGCUUGUGUAAUCUCUCAGGAAUUGGAGGGCUCUAUUAAUUAUCUAUUGCUGCCUAACAGUAUUACCUCAGACCUAACACCUUAAACAAUACCCAUUUAUUAGUUCAGUUUCUGUGGAUCCGAGUCUGGGCAUAGCUUAGCUGGGUUCUCUCCUUCAGGUUCCCUUACAAGGCUGCACUCAAAGUGUUGGCCAGGGCUGGGGUCUCAUCUGAAAGCUGGACUGGAAGGAUCUUCCUCCAAGCUCACCAGGUGUUGGCAGGAUUCACUUCCUUGUGGUCUGUUAGACUGAGGGCGCUCCUUGCUAAUUGUCAGCUGGAGGCUGUCCCCAGUUCCUUGCCACAUAGGAUGGCUGACUUCAUCAAAGCCGUAAAUGGAGAUAACAGACAGUCUAUUAGGAAGACAGAAUAUAAGUGACGUAAAGUAACCGUGGAAAUGAUAACCUAUCAGCUCUCCCGUAUUCUUUUGACUAGACGCAAGUUGUAAGUCUUACCCACACUCAGGGGGAGGGCAUUACUCAAAGGCAUGAAUACGUGGAGGCAGGGAUCAUUGGAGGGCAUUUUUAUUUUAUUUUAUUUUUCAGCUUGAUUAAGGUUUCCUUAACAAAGAAAAUUAUAAGAUACUUAAAGUAUACAUUGUGAUGAUUUGAUAGACAUAUACAUUGUGUGGAGGCCAUUUUGCAGUCUGUCUGCCACAAGCACAUACCCUAGUAAUAUGUGUAUGUUUGUUUACAUAUUCUGUUGUCAGUCCAUAUAGUAACUAUUAAAAUUUAAUUUUUUAAUUUUUGAUGAAAAAUAAAUAUUAAUAGAAGUUCUAAAAUUUUUCUUCCAUUACCUCAGUGGGUUGUUUUUACAACCCAGUGCCUUAGAAUGAGCUUGUGGUAGCUUGUUUCCCUUAUGGUUUGAUUGUCUACACGCUUGUGAAGCUCCUCUUGCAGAUGGAUUUCACUGACUGUUAGUAGAGAAGGCCCUGGGGCAAGGUGGGUCUCUUCCUGAGAUUGAGGUCCAUGGGAAAGGGAUUGAGUCUGAUUGGACUUGAACUCCCCAGUGCUUGGCCUAAUGCCUGCCUGGCACAGACAGAGCGAGUGCUCAGUUAAUGUUGAGUAGUUGGAGGUGACCCUUUGUAAGAUUAAGGCAAGAGGGUGCUGUGGGCUUUUAUCAGAGGUGUCUUGGCUCACAGAGCCUUUAUUUACUCUCUCACUCAGUGUUUACUUGAGGCUGUUCUGUGGCCCACAUGGGUCAGGCAUUGGGGACCUAGAAAAUCAAAUACAGUCUGCCUCAGGGAGCCUUGGUCCAUGGGUAAAACAGCUAAACAGAAUAAACAGACUGUGUUUUUAGAGAAGUGCCCUACCCAGUUUGUGAAUUGAUGAGCAUGGUGGGAGCACAGAAGCAGUGACUCAUUUGGCUUGAGGGAAGGCUUCAUAGAAGGGGUCUUGUUUGAGCUGGGCCCUGAAGGUUGAGCAGAAGCAAUCAAUUACCUGUUUUUCUGAAGAGAGUAGUCAGCUUCCCAUGGCAUUUGGGAAGGUAGAAGUCAUAGGUUGUUCAUUUGGGACACAGUGAUGUGAUGUGGGCUCACAUCCCUGAGAACAAGAAAAUCUGAGCCCAGCUGGAGGACAGAGGUAGAGCCCACAAUGGCAACAGUUGCUUGGGUCUCUCUGGGCUGAGAAUACCUGACAUCGACCUGGUGAGGGGCUCUUUCAGCCUGCUCCUGUGUUAGGACUCGAGUUCUUUCCUUACAUUUUAUUAUGAAAGCUCCAGGCCAAUGUCCCAGGUGCUCCAAACCUUCAGAGAGUCAGAAGCUGGUGUUUGAGAAAAGCCUGGUUCUCAGGGCCUUUGCAGACCUCCCACCCUGAUUUAUAUAGAUUUGACACCUUUGGGCUUUGCUCAGAUCUAUAAACUUGGGCAUCAGUGUGUCCAUUUGGGUGUCAAGUCUCCAAAUGAGAUAGUGAUGAAGAGUUUCUUUGGAGCUUCCCUGGCAGAAGCAUCAAUCGCUUUGCCAAUGAGAGGGCUGUCCAGAGCCCCAGGCUCUGCGGAUUUAUGAGCUGCCUGUGCCUUCUACUGUAAUCUCUAGACUCCCAGCUUUCACUGAAAAAGAAUGGCUUCUAAUCUCACAGAUAACCUUCCUCAUGUAAAUCUGCACAUUGGAGGGCUUAGCCUGCCAUGGAUUACUGGGAGAACAUUCACCCCUUCUCUCCCUGGAAACUCAGGAUCAUAGAGGAGCCUCCAAUGACUUGUUUUCAGGGACUACCCCUAUAUAAAUCAUUAAGAUAUUAUAGAGAAUAUCUGGCUUGCUUCUUCCGUCCUUUCCUUCCUUUUUUAAAAUUGACUUACCACCUGAGGGCCAAUGCCAUUUCUUCUCUGAGCCAAGACCCUGGGGAAGCCUGGAAACUGUAUCUUGGGAGUCUUACUUCGGCUUGUGGGAUGGAGUAUCUGAAAGACGGCAUUCAUAUUGGGGCUGCCCUCCCAGGGGCGGUGACAAGUAGGUCUGUCUGGAGGAGGGUGGCCAGCAGGUAAUUAUAUUGCAGUGUGAUAGGGCUUUAAUAAGAGAUGAGCAAAGGGCUUUAGGAGAUUCCUUUGUAAUUAAAAAACCCUCCUGAUUUGGUACACAGGGUUUAUGUGCAAUUAUCCUUUCACUCACUCAUGUUAAGAGUGUUCACUUUAUAAGCCAAAGCUACAAACCCUUUUUACUAUGUUUAUACACAUCAAUUCUUUUAUUCUGAAAUCAGUUUUAACUCAAUGCUGUAAUCCUCUUUAACAAAGCAUCCAGACUGUGACUUUCCACCAUGGCUAAUGCUGUUUUCCACCAGCUCCUUCUUCUUGUCCACACCAUGUCUGAGAUGUCCCUGCCCAGAGCAUCCAGUUUUAGUUCUGUCAAUUUUCUUCUUGGUUCUCUGUCUUUGAAGUCAAUUGGGAGAACCUGGGUUGGAGAGUGGGUCAGCUCAGUAACUUUUUUUUUUUUAAGAUUUUAUUUAUUUAUUUGAGAGAGAGAAAGCACAAGCAGGGGGAGCAGGAGGGGCAGAGGGAGAAGCAGACUCCCCGCUGAGCACAGAGCCCGAUGCAGGACUCGAUCCCAGGACCCUGGGAUCAUGACCUGAGCCGAAGGCAGAUGCUUAACCGACUAAGCCACCCAGGCACCCAACACAGUAACUUUUUAUUCUUGCUUAAACUUAUUUAGUGCAAAGUUUUUACACAUAGGCAAAAGUAGAGUGAAUAGUAUAAAGAGUCUCCAUAUACCCAUUGCUUACUUUGCACAGUUGUCAACUCAUGGCCAACUUUAUUUCAUCCAUACCUGUAUGUGUGUGUCUUAGCACCUCUAAGACAUCCUGUUAUUUGAUCCAUAAAUAUUUAAAUUCUGGAUCUAUAAAAGACACUUUCAAAAACAUAACCGUAAUACCAUAGUCACAUCUAAAAAACAAUGUAUCUCCUUAAUACAGGCAUACCUCGGUUUAUUUGAGCUUUGCUUACUGCGCUUCACAGAUACUGUGUUUUUUACAAAUUGAAGGUCUGUGGUAGCCCUUUGUUGAGCCAAGUCUAUCAGCACCAUUUUCUCAAAAGCACUUGCUCACUUUGUGUCUCUGUGUCACAUUUUGGUAAUUCUUGCAAUAUUUUAAACUUUUUCAUUGUUAUUAUGUUUGUUAUGGUGAUCUGUGAUCACUGAUCUUUGGUGUUACUAUUGUAAUUAUUUUGGGGCACUGCAAUUUGCACCCAUAUGAGAUGGUAAACUUAAUAAAUGUUAUAUGUGUUCUUAUCGCUCCACUGACUGACCAUUCCCCUAUCUCUCUCCCUCUCCUUGGGCUUCCCUAUUAAAAACAUCAUGAUAUUGAAAUUAGGCCAAUUAAUAGCUCAACAAUGACCUCUGAGUGUUCAAAUAAAAAGAGUCAUGCAUCUGUCACUUUAAACCAAAAGCUAGAAAUGACUAAGCUUAGUGAGGAAGGCAUGUCAAAAGCCAAGACGGACUGAAAGCUAGGCCUCUUGCACCCAACAACCAAGUUGUGAAAGCAAAGGAGGAGUUCUUGGAGGAAAUUGAAAGUGCUACUCCAGUGAACGUACGAAUGAUAAGAAAGUCAGCCAGCCUUACUGCUGAGGUGGAGAAAGUGUGAGUGGUCUGGAUAGAAGAGCAAACCAGCCACCACAUCCUCUUCAGCCAAAGCCUGACCCAGAGCAAGGUCCUCGCUCUCGUCUACUCUGUGAAGGCUGAGAGAGGUGAGGAGGCUGCAGAAGGAAAGUUGGAAGCAGCAGAGGUGGGUUCAUGAGGUUUAGGGAAAGAAGCCGCCUUCAUAACGUGGAAGUACCAAGGUGAAGCAGCCACCUGGGUGUAGACGCUGCAGCAGGUGAUCCGGAAGCUCUGGCUCAGAUCACUCAUGACGGUGGCUACACUAAACAACAGAUUUUUAGUGUAGACGGAACAGCCUUCUAUUGGAAGAAGUUGCCAUGUGAGACUUCCAUAGCUAGAGAGGAGAAGUCCGUGCCUGGGCUUCAAAGCCUCAAAGGACAGGCUGACUCUCUUGUGAGGGGCGAAUGCAGCUCGUGACUUUAAGUUGAAGCCAGUGCUCAUUUACCAUUCAUAAAACCCCAGGACCCUCAAGAAUUACGCUAAAUCUAUACUUUCUGUGCUCUGUAAACGGAACAAGAAAGCCUGGAUGAUAACACAUCUGUUUACAACAUAAUUUACUGAAUAUUUUAAGACCCCUGUUGAGACCUUACCAGAAAAAAAGAUUCCUUUCAAAAUGUUACUGCUCGUUGACAAUACAUCUGGUCACCCAAGAGCUCUGAUGGAGAUGAACGAGAUAAAUGUUUUCAUGCCUGCUAACACAGCAUCCGUUCUAUAGCCCAGGGAUCAAGGAGUCAUUUCGACUUUCAAAUCUGACUAGUAAACACAUUUCCUAAGGCUGCAAGCGCCAUAGAUAGUGAUUCUUCUGGUGGCUCUGGGCAAAGUAAAUUGAAAACCUUCUGGAAAGGAUUCGCCAUUUUAGAAGAACAUUCGUGAUUCAUGGGAAGAGGUCAAGAUAGCAACAUGAGCAGGAGUUUGGAAGAAGCUGAUUCCAACCCUCAUGGGCAACUUAGAAGGGGUUCCAGACUUUAGGGGAGGAAGUGACUGCAGAUGGGGUGGAAGGAGCAAAAGAUCUAGAAGUGGAGCCUGCAGGGGGUACUGUGUGGCCGCCAUCUCAGGAUAAAAUUUGAGCGGGUGCGGAGUUGCUUCUUACGGAUGAACAAAGAAGGUGGUUUCUUGAGAUGGAAUCUACUCCUGGUGAAGAUGCCAUGAAGGUGGUUGAAAUGACAACAAAGGACUUGCAAUAUCACAUAAACUUAGCUGAUAAAGCAGCAGCAGGGUCUGAGAGGACUCCAAUUUUGAAAGAAGUUCUGCUGUAGGUAAAAUGCUAUCAAACAGCACUGCAUCCUACAGAGCAAUUGUAUGUGAAAAUAAUCAAUCCAUGUGGCAAACCUCAUUGCAGCCUUAUCAGAAAUUGCUGCAGCCACUCCAGCCUUCAGCACCCACCACCCUGAUCCAUCGGCAGCCAUCAACAUCGAGGCAGGAACCUCCCCCAGUAAAAAGAUUAUGACUCACUGGAAGCUCAGAUGAUGCUUAACAUUUUUUAGCAAUAACGAUUUUUUAAUUAAAAUAUGUACAUUUUGGGAUGCCUGGGUGGCUCAGUCAGUUAAGCAUAUGCCUUCGUCUCAGGUCCUGAUCCCAGGGUACUGGGAUCGAGUCCCCACAUCAGGCUUCCUGCUCAGUGGGGAGCCUGCUUCUCCUUCUGCCCCUCCCCCCCCAUUCAUGCUCUCUCACACUCUCUUUCUGACAAAUAAAUAAAAUAUAUUUUUUAAAAGUAUGUACAUUUUUUAGACAUAAUGCUAUUGCACACUUAGUAGACUACAGUAUAGUGUGAACAUAACUUUUAUAUGCCCUGGCAAACCAAGAAGUUCAUUUGAUUCACUUUAUUGUGGUAUCCACUUUAUCGCUAUGGUCUGGAAUGUCUCCACCAUCUCUCUGAGGCAUCAUAUAUACUUCAGUGUUUGAAUUUCAUCUUGGAGUUUGUUGCUGUAUCUCUUAAAUGUGUUUUAAAUGAUAGAUUCCCACUCCAUUCCCCCCCUUCCCUUUACCAUGUAUUUGCUUAAGAAUUGUUUAUCCUAUAGCUUCUCGCUGUCUGGAUUUUGCUGAUUGUAUUUCUAUGGUGUUGUUUAUCAUGUUGCUCUGCCUUUGUUUUCUGUAAACUGGUGGUUGUAUCUAAAGGUUUGAUCAGAUUCAGCAUUGGUUGGUUGGUUGGUUUUGGCAAGACUACUUGAUAUGUGGUGUUAAAUGCUUUCAGCCAUAAACUCAUGCUGUGUAAUUAUCUCUUACUUUUUGAUAUUAAAAGUAAUUAAGCAAUGCCUACAUCUGUUAAAUCAUUAGGGUUUUCAAAAUGGUGAUAUUUCAAUUCUAUCUUUGCUUCUUUGUUUAUUAAUUAGAAUACUUCUUUCAUAAAAACUUCCCUUUAUCUACUAUUUGGCUCUCCAGUGACAUAGUUUCUGUAGAAAAGCAGCAUAAAUGAUUCUUUUCCUUUUUUUUUCCCACCUAUUUUCAAAAUAGUAGUUGGUUUAUUAGCAUUCGACAGCAAUGGCCAGUUAGUUUCAGUCCAUCCCAAGUAUUAUGCUUACCAAUACUCAAGUUGUCCCUUUGGCUAAUGGGAACCUCUUCAAAUUGGCCCGAGUCCUGUUGGCACAGCCCUAAGAGUCUCUGAUACUGUCUUGUUAUCUGUUACAACAAAAUUUUCCAGGCUUUUCCAGGCUCAUUUUGAACAUUUCCUGUCUCAGACCCAGACUGAGUCAUUUCUCGGAGUCUUGGUUCUGUUCAGUGGGGAGAUAGUAAUACCAGGUCACAAUCUGGGUGCUAGUGGUGCUUAUUGCCAUUGGCUUGGUUGUUGUUUACAGGCCUUUUCACUGUUCAGAGUCAGGAAAUGUGUUGUGUGCUUGAUUGUUGUUUUUUUUAAUGUUUAUUUAUUGAUUUGAGAGAGAGAGAGAUAGCAAGAGAGUGCACGAGUGGGGAAGCAGCAGAGGGAGAGAGGGAGAAGGAGGCUCCCCACUGAGCAGGGAGCCCGACGCGGGGCUUGAUCCCAGGACCCUGGGACCAUGACCUAAGCCGAAGGUAGACACUCAGCAGAUGCUCAGCCGACUGAGCCACCCAGGCGCCCCAUCUUGAUUCAUUUUUUAAAGGAGAUACAUUGUGAGUUCAUACUCAUACUUUCAAUUCUUAUUUAGCACCACAGAGUUUUUUCUAAAUUGCUUUAAUCUUAUAUCUGUAUCUCCUUUCCCACUUGCUGAGGAUCUCACUUUUCAACAAUACCAGCAGUGAUAGAAUUGGACUAUCACAUUAGUACUUAAUUGUUUUAUCCGGGCACUCGCAACAGUCCAAUAAUAACAGCAACAGCACUCCCAUUAAUUACUGGAAACACUGAUUUAAAACCUUUUAAGGCUUUUUUUUUUUUUUUUUUUAAGGUUUUUAAGUUCUGGAAUUCCCUUUCCUAGCUUGUCUACUUGGAAGCCCACUCUUUAUUCUUCAGGACCCACUUCAGAUAGCCUGUCUUUGGGGAAGUUUAGAUUACUUACUCCUCUAUGCUCUCCUACAGCUCUGUAUGUUCCUCUGUUAGGGCAAAUCUCUUAUUCACUGUGACAUAGACUGAGAAUUCCUAGAGAGUAGAGAUUUAUUGACCAGUAUACCCGCAGCAUCCAGCAGGCUUUGGGGAAAGCUUGAUUUUGAACAAGUGACAGUUGAUAGACAUGUCACAUGCACACAUGCUCGGUGAGUUUGCCAGGUGACCUGAGCACUUUUUACUUGUUCAUUUAUUGAGGGCCUAUCCUUGGCUACCGUUGGCUGGGUGACUUAGGUGAACAGUGGAGAUAGGUUCUUACCCUCCCAGAUUUUACACCCAAUUUUCUAUCUCAGGCAUCAGACUAGAAGGCCCUGCUAAAUUAAAGAGAGAAUCCUAACUUGGGGAACUUUGGAUUGGAACACCCCCAAUCAGGCUUAGGUGCAGGGUUGCCACCACAAAGGAGGUGCAGGGCAGACCUGGGUCUCAGUGGGGCCACCCGAGGUGGGGAGCCCGAAGUGGCCAGGAAUCGGGUCGUAGGUGGGGAAGAGGCGAGGGAGCUCUGGCUGAUGGUGGCGUUAUGGACCAAGUCUGGCAUAAAGGGCAAUUAUCUUACUUGCCACCCUGUGGCCUAAGCCCCAGGAAUUCCCCUGAGAAUUACAGGCUACCUACUGAAAGUUGGCAGCAGGGCAAGGGAAAUUUUCUGUCUUGAAUCCCUCCUCUAGUCUUGACAUUAAUUUGGAACAGACAGAGAGAUGAGAGAAAAAGAGCAUGUUUAUGAAAAUAAAUUCUUUAGUGCCUGCCCUGUGGGCUCGUUUGUCCCUACCUUUAUUUAGCAUUUCAGAAGCCCGAGCUAAUGUUUACCAGAAGGCCAAGCAGGACUUCAAUUUCUUCCAGUCCAGCAAAUCACAGCAUUCAUGCUUCUCUAGCCACUUUUCACAGAUACAUUGUUGGCAACGUUUCCCUUUUCUAGAGCUGGGACAUUGAGGCAGAUACCCCUGCCUUAGCCCCACCUUCCUAGUUGUGAUCCUGCCCCCAUGGUAGUAGGAAGCCUGGCACAUUCUCUUAGGUUGGAGGCCAUUUAUUAGGAAAUGGCCUCUCUGCGAAAUUUCUUAAUCCCCGCCCUGGAUAUAACUAUAUCUCUAGCACCUUUUUCCAAAUUCCCAUCUAUUACAAAUCCCCAACUAGGUGUACCAACAGAUGAUUCAAAUUCAUUAUGUCCAAAACUAAACUCAUCUCCCCCACAACCAGAUCCUCCUUAUAUUUUCCUGCUUCCGUGAAUGGCACUACCAUCCACACUGCCUCUGACUUCAGACUAGGUUAGAUUCUGUAUUACACUGUCUCACAGUACCUCACGUUUGUAAUUACAUAAGUAAUCUGUUAUGUAUUGUUUACCCUGGAGUUUCCACUGCCAGAUUGUGUAACUUUCUUGAAAGUUGGGAUCAUGGGCGCCUUAUUCAUCACUGAACCCGGUGCCCAACACAUCUGUUGGAUGAGUCCUUAAUCACUAUUUGUUGGAUUAAUUAAGAAAUCUACCCAGUCACCCUAGAAACCUCAUCAUCAGUGUAGAAUCCUCCUUCUUACCUUCCAUAUCUUAUCUAUCAGUACGACUUGUCUAUUCUAGCCCUGAAAUAUUUCUCAGAUCUGUCUUAUUAGUACAGAUGCCUGAUGUUCCUGGUGUUCAGGAUCCAAUCAUCUCACAUUCAGACUGUGAUAAUAACUUGAUGGGUUUCUCUCUCUUUUCUUUUCCUUCUUCCAAUCCAUCCUAUGCGUAGCCAAAGCAGUUUUCAAACAAUUAUAAAACUGUGUCACUCCUCUACUUAAGAACUUUCUUUUCUUUCUUUCUUUCUCUUUUUUUGGCCUCCAAUUGUCUAAAAGACAAAAUCUAAACUCCCUGGAUUGCCAGGAUCGAUCCCUAAUCUGUUUUUUCUACCUCAUAUCCUGCCAUUGUCCCCUGCAUAACCUCAUGUUUCAACAACCACAAACAGCUCUCCAGUUCUCAAAUCUUUUUAUAUCCCUCCAUAUUUACUUUAUUCCCCCUCUAGCACCUAACAUAGCUGUCACAAAGAAGAGAGAGAAAGAAGCAUGUGUGAAGAUAGCUUUGGGAUCUGGCAGAGAAAAAUCACUGGGUUUCCAAAGAAUUAGAGGAAAACUUUUUAAAAUGUCAUCUCCCCUCCAAUAAUAAGUCUUCCUGCAGUUGGUAAAUCAGGGCUCAAGGCUGUCUGGUAUUGAAGCUCUACCUCUGGACAUAAAUACCCUGUCCUACAGUUUAGAUCCUUUCUGAAUGGGCGGGGGGGGGGGCGGAUCUUUUUCUUAAAAGU